CUGACGUUGUCAAUUUGUUUUUGAAGAUCUCUCAUCUCGUGGUGCGAAACAGUUUCAGAAAUUAAAUACCUACUUAUAGUUAUUAAGACAAUAAUAAAAACUUGAUAAUCGUUGUUAUUAUAUAUUUCUUUUUUCAAUCAUUAUGGCUUUAUUUUGCUGCACCAGGUUAGCAAGUAGCUCAAUGUUAGGCAAUUUAGCAAAGUUUCGCACCCCUUUAGGCAUGUCAUACGCUCAGGCUGCGUCAAUACCUAAAAUAACUUUUAAGAAAUUCGAACCACCGAAGGAAGAACAUUACGAUAUACGAAACGAACGUAUGAACAGACCGUUAUCUCCUCAUCUUACCAUCUAUAAGUUUCAAUUGACUAGUAUUUUGUCAAUUACUCAUAGAGCUGCAGGUAUGAUUCUUACUGGAUAUGCAACUGCUUUGGGUAUGGGAGCUCUUAUGCUACCGAAUGAUAUAUCACAUUAUAUUACAAUGAUUGAAGGCCUUAACUUAUCACCUGCCACUAUUUUUCUUGCAAAAGUAGUCAUCGCUGCUCCAUUUGGAUAUCAUUUUGCAAAUGGAAUUAGACAUCUUUACUGGGAUACUGCUAAAGGAUUGACAAUUAAGGAAGUUUAUGCUACUGGAUACUCAAUGUUAGCAGGAACAAUUGCCAUUACUCUAUUCCUCGCUGCGUUAUAAAUAAAUGAUUAAAUAGUAAAAAUAGUUGUUGAAUAAUUUGGUAUUAUUUAUUUGUUCUCAUAAGUUAUGCAAUAAAUUUUAAUCAGUUAAAUUUA